CGAGGGACCCGCCAGCCCGCCCGGGGCGGCGGCAGGAAGGCGACCUGCAGAAAGUUUGCGCCACGGGGGGACGGCACUUGGGCACUUGUGGGGAGGAGGAUGAGGAGGAAGGCGCCUCUCAGAAGCUGAAAAGGCCGGGCCCCGCCGCGGGGAGCUGCACGUCCCUCGGGGCCGGCGGGCGGGGAGCCGGGAGGAGGCGGGAUGAGGGAUGCGGGAUGCGGGGCGGUGUCGCCCGAGGCGCUUUAAAGGCUCGGAGGCGGCGGGGGCGGCGUGGCGGCGGAAUGGCCGAGGUGAAGGUGGCCGUGCUGGGCGGCAGCGGAGCCGGCAAGUCGGCGCUGGCGGUGCGGUUCCUGACGCGGAGGUUCAUCGGAGAGUACGCGUCCAGCGCCGAAUGCAUCUACACUAAACACUUGUGCCUGGAUGGGAGGCAGAUACACCUGGAAAUUUAUGACCCUUGUUCACAGCCACAUCGGGGGAAGCUCUCCCUCACAGAUGAGCUCCACUGGGCUGAUGGAUUUAUCAUUGUUUACGAUAUCAGCAACAGAGCAUCAUUUGCAUUUGCAAAAGCACUGCUGUACAGGAUCCGAGAGUCUCACAUAAGAGUUUGUAAAAAAAUGGUCGAGUCAUCAAUAUUUUUGGUUGGCAAUAAACAGGAUUUAUGCCACAUGAGGGAAGUUGGCUGGGAUGAAGGACAGAAGCUGGCAAUAGAUAACAAGUGCCAAUUCUGUGAACUGUCUGCAGCAGAGCAUUAUCAGGAAGUUGUGGCAAUGUUCACCAAAGUCCUGAGGAAUAUCACUUCCAGUUUCAAACUGAAGGAGAAGAGACGACCAAGCGGAUCCAAGUCAAUGGCCAAGUUAAUCAACAACGUGUUUGGGAAGAGAAGGAAAUCUGUGUAAGGGCUGGUUAGUCUUGAAGUUGGAACAAGCUGAAGCAAUGGAGCAGAGGCAGCUCUUGGGAUUCAGUGAAUUUCCUCCAAAGGUCAAUAUCUGGAGCAGUAAGACAGUAGAAACGAAAGGUAUAGUCAAGUGGAUGGUCUAGACCUAGAAGAUCUGACCUUCUGUUUCAAACUGCUACAGAUUCACUGUUUAGGGCUGUGCCACUUAAACUCUAAGCUGCUCCAGAGGAGAAGUCUAGUCUGUAUUUAUUCGACACCAACAGGGUCUUAGAUAGAGCUUCUAGGUGCAACUGAAAUACAAACAGUUAUUUCACAGAAUCACUUACAUUGGAAAAGACCCUUAAGAUCAUCAAAUCCAGCCAUUAACCAAACACUACCAAGUCCACCACAUAAUUUUCAGUAAACUCAGCUUUGCUGAUCAAAAUCUUGCUUCAGAAUUCUGAGUAUGGUUUUUUUUUUUGUGUGUGUGCAAGAACAUUUGCACUAAAGAAAAGCAAAAUACUGUGGCUUCAUGUGAUAAUAUAUUUGUAUUUAACUCAGAUCCUUGUGUGCCUUACACUUGCUGAAAUUCAUAUGAAUUAAAUGCUUAGACACCAAAUCUACAAAAGGUAUUUACCUGCAAAGCUGCCUUGCAGAGGCACCAGAAGUAGGGAAGAAGAUAUAUAAAGCAGUAUUGUCUUCUGUUUCAGUAUCUUUUCUUUUUUUUUUUUUCUUUCUUUCCCAUGAGUGAUGAAAGAAAGUAGAGAGGGUUGAGGAGUGUGGGAGCUGAAAUGUUGGUGAAAUGUUAGUGAGCACUGGACUGUUUCGGCAGGGCUGUCGUUGAGUGAAAUAAUUUUAUAGCAAGGGUCAGCAUAAAGCCUGGGUUUAUCCCUUUCACAGAAGAGUUUUUGUAAGCUUUAACAAAAGUUUCAUUACCUCUGAGGUGGAUGUGACUGUUCAAUCUUAGAUGGGAGCAGAAGCUUGGAAAGCACAUGGGCUGGUAAAGUGCACAAGUUCUCUAGCAUGUCUGCCUGGAUUUAAAGGUCAGCCUGCUGGUAAGACCCGUGCUCACAGAGAGUGUUUUUCCUAAUAACCAAUGUCCUUACAACUAGUCAUCGCUGUGGUAUUGAAAUGCCACAGGAGAGAGCACUAAGUAAUGCUAGCUACACUUUUCAGAAGUGGAUAUUAAACAUCAGACAGGAGUAAAUACGUUGCCAGUUGACAUUCAGAGCUCUUACUCUAGGCAACUAAAUAAGGGCUUAAGCCCUUAAAAGUGUUUGAAAGUGCUGUGAUUGUACAGAAAUUAUGAAAGGGAAGUGAUCUGAAGGUGAAUUGCUGCCUCCUACCCAUUCCGGGGAACAGCUGGGAUUCAGUCUUUGUACAAGGCUGAGUUGAAGCCUACCUCUGCUCUGAAUUUUUACCUGCAUUGAAACUAGAAAUGUUACUUUCAGUUUUUGAGUGUUCACCCGUAAGACAACAUUAAAAAGUUACACAUAAUCUUAGCAGUAAGGUUGUAAAACAGUACUAAAGCACAUUUUAUUGUGUUGACCAAAGAUCACAUUUUUUUUUAAAUGAAAGAGACUGUUUAUUUCACUUGUUAUAAGACUACAGAUAUUGGAACAUAGUUCUCAGCUGACAGGCACAGGGUUGCUUUGUUUUUCUGCAGAUGCUGCUCUGCCAUAUCAGGAGCAUUAUAUUUUAACAGUAUGGUCAAUAUCUAUGAGACUGAACGUGCAGAUUACUCAUGUACACCCUUCAACUUUCCAGCCCACACAGGAUCCCAGAACUACUAAGAGACUUGUAGCUGUAUCUUGCUCUAGCACUGCCAGAUUCCAGAACUCUUAUUUGUAUUUACUGCUCUGGUAUUAAAUAAACUGGAUAUAAGUUUGAUGUA